ACACAGCGGAGGGAGCUCAGAGCUGCACACACCACCCAAAACACACACACGUAGAGCAUGCAUCACAGAGCACACACACUCGGAGCUUAGUCCACGCAGCCAGUGAUGUCGGCACCCUAAUCUCCCUCUCGAUUGGUGGACGGACGCCUGUCAAAAACACAGGCUCGGCAUCUUAUUCUCAACAAUUGGACGACGCAGCCCUGGCGACAGGGUUACAGCUGUGUCAGAGGGGUUAUCACGGCUAGAGGAAUCUCAGCUGUGCUCUGGAACAGCGGCUAAGCUUACUGCCUGUCCUCGGGAUAAGGGACGGUCGCUGGGACGUGCCGCUGACAGCAUGCAACACAGAUCCUCUGAGAACACUGCCUUUAACUGUCAGAGGAACGAUGAGGAAGCCGUGUUGGACAGGGGAGGGACUCGGUCCAUGCUCAACACAAAUUUUGAGAAAGAAGAACUAGAAGGCCACCGUACCCUCUACAUUGGGGUGCAUGUCCCUCUGGGUAGAAGAUCACACAGACGGCACCGUCACCAUGGACACCGCCACAGGAAGAGGUCACGGGAGAGAGACUCAGGAACCGAAGAUGGCAGAGAAUCUCCAUCAUACACGGAUACUCCAUCUCAGCGCGUACAGUUCCUGCUGGGGAUGGAGGAUGAUGAGGAACACAUCCCUCACGCUCUCUUCACAGAGCUGGAUGAGAUCUGCCUGAAAGAGGGAGAAGAUGCAGAAUGGAAAGAGAUGGCCAGAUGGCUGAAGUUUGAGGAGGAUGUGGAGGAUGGAGGUGAGAGGUGGAGUAAGCCGUACGUUGCCACUCUCUCUCUGCACAGUUUGUUUGAACUGCGUAGCUGUAUUCUCAAUGGAACCGUCAUGCUGGACAUGAGGGCCAACUCACUGGAGGAGAUUGCAGACAUGGUUCUGGACCAGCAGGAGACAUUGGGUGCUCUGGGAGAGGAGGUACGAAAGAAGAUCCGUAACGCCCUCCUUAAACAGCACCACCAUCAGAACCAGAAGAAACUGGCCAAUCGGAUCCCCAUCGUACGUUCGUUCGCAGAUAUCGGCAAGAAGCAGUCAGAACCUCACUCCAUGGAUAAGAAUGGUCAGAUGUUUUCCCCUCAGACUCAGCCCGCCACGACAGAAGGUGGGGGAGGCAGUCGUGAGAACAGUGCUGUCGACUUCAGCAAGAUAGACCUCCACUUCAUGAAGAAGAUCCCACAGGGUGCUGAGGCCUCUAAUAUCCUGGUAGGUGAGCUGGAGUUUCUGGAGAAACCUGUGGUAGCUUUCAUCCGUCUGUCUCCAGCUGUACUGCUCAACGGCCUGGCUGAAGUCCCGAUCACCACCAGGUUUCUCUUUAUCUUGCUGGGGCCAAUGGGGAAAGGACCUCAGUACCACGAAAUCGGCCGUUCCAUUGCCACACUCAUGACAGAUGAGGUUUUCCAUGAUGUGGCUUAUAAAGCAAAGGAUCGAACUGACCUCGUGGCUGGAAUCGAUGAGUUUUUGGACCAGGUUACUGUGUUGCCCCCGGGCGAGUGGGAUCCCACCAUCAGAAUAGAACCUCCCAAAAAUGUGCCCUCUCAGGAGAAGCGAAAGGUUCCUCCUUUGGCCAAUGGAGGGAUGGAUCUGGGGGAAGCUGAGGAGCACGGAGGUCAUGAAGGACCAGAGUUACAGCGCACAGGGAAGUUUUUCGGUGGCUUCUUCAUGGACAUUAAGCGUAAAGCUCCACACUACCUGUCAGAUUACACAGACGCCAUCAGUCUGCAGUGUUUGGCUUCUUUCCUCUUCCUAUACUGCGCCUGUAUGUCCCCUGUUAUCACUUUUGGAGGCCUGCUGGGAGAAGCUACAGAAGGCCGUAUAAGUGCAAUAGAGUCUUUGUUUGGAGCUUCAAUGACAGGUAUUGCGUACUCUCUGUUCGCUGGGCAGCCCCUCACCAUUCUGGGCAGCACAGGGCCGGUUUUGGUGUUUGAGAAAAUCCUCUUCAAAUUCUGCAAAGAGUACGGUUUGUCGUACCUCUCCUUACGUGUGUGUAUCGGACUGUGGACGGCUUUUUUCUGCCUGCUGCUGGUCGCCACAGAUGCCAGCUCACUGGUGUGUUACAUCACACGAUUCACAGAGGAAGCUUUUGCUUCCCUCAUCUGCAUCAUCUUUAUUUAUGAGGCUCUGGAGAAACUCAUCCAUCUGGGAGAAACUUACCCUUUCAACAUGCACAAUGACCUCAACCGGCUCACUGACUACUCGUGUGUGUGCACAAUGCCCAAAGACCCCAGUAAUGCCACACUGCGUUACUGGCAGGACCAAAACAUCAGUGCAUCUGAGAUCGACUGGUUAGGCCUAGAUGUCAAGGGCUGUGUAGACAACAGAGGGGAGUUUGUGGGCAGCGCGUGUGGUCAUCACGGUCCGUACGUCCCUGAUGUUUUGUUCUGGUCCGUCAUUCUCUUCUUCUCCACGGUCGCCAUGUCCUCCUUCCUCAAAGAAUUCAAAACCAGCCGCUACUUCCCUACCAAGGUGAGAUCGGUGAUCAGCGAUUUCGCUGUUUUUUUCACCAUCUUGACCAUGGUUCUGAUCGACUACGGUCUUGGAAUCCCCUCCGCCAAACUACAGGUUCCUAAUGAGUUUGAACCAACCAGAGAUGACCGUGGCUGGUUCAUCAGCCCCCUGGGGCCAAACCCAUGGUGGACCAUUCCCAUAACCUUCAUGCCAGCUCUCCUGUGCACCAUUCUCAUCUUCAUGGACCAACAGAUCACUGCUGUUAUCAUUAACAGGAAGGAACACAAGCUGAAGAAAGGUUGUGGGUACCAUCUGGAUCUCUUUGUGGUGGGCGUGAUGUUGGGCGUGUGCUCUUUGAUGGGCCUGCCGUGGUUCGUGGCCGCCACGGUUCUGUCAAUCUCCCACGUGAACAGCCUGAAACUGGAGUCUGAAUGCUCCGCCCCCGGAGAGCAGCCGAAGUUUUUGGGCAUUAGGGAACAGCGGUUCACCGGUCUCAUGAUAUUCCUGCUCAUGGGCUGCUCGGUGUUCAUGACUUCCGUACUAAAGCACAUCCCAAUGCCUGUGUUGUAUGGCGUUUUUCUCUACAUGGGAGCGUCGUCUCUCAGAGGCAUACAGUUCUUUGAUCGUCUGAAGCUGUUCUGGAUGCCUCCGAAACACCAGCCAGACUUUAUUUACCUGAGACACGUCCCGCUGAGAAAGGUCCACCUGUUCACCAUCAUCCAGCUCAGCUGCCUGGUGCUUCUGUGGGUCAUUAAAACCUCAAGAGCUGCCAUUGUUUUUCCCAUGAUGGUAUUAGCUUUGGUUUUCAUCCGUAAACUGUUGGAUUUUUUCUUCUCUAAGCGAGAGCUCAGCUGGCUUGAUGACCUCAUGCCCGAGAGCAAGAAGAAAAAACUGGAAGAUGCGCAGCAAGAGGAGAAUCAGUGUGUUUUGGUGGAGGAUGAAGGAAUUGUUCAAGUGCCCCUUGAGGGGCAUUACAAGGACGACCCAUCCACCGUCAACAUUUCAGAUGAAAUGACAAAGACGUCUUUUGGAAAUGUGUGGAAAGGCCUCACCAGUGACAGCUGCAAAAAAGAUCAAAGCUCAAAAAGCUCCCUCUCCUAAUGUCUCAGAUGCUGAUUUCCAAAGCUCAACACUUAAAGGCUCCUCGAGACAUGAGCCAGGUGAUGAAGAGAAAGACACAGAUUUGGAUAGAGAGACAAGUUUGUGAGUUAACGUUGUUUUGCAUCGUGCCACACGUAAAGCACCAGUAUGCUUCUGUUCUGUAGAUCUGUUUGUGCCAGUCUGUGCUAUAAGGCAUUAUGUUAUAUCUAAUCAUUUUUAUGUGUGUGUGAGGUAUGUUUUGAGCAUAUGUGUAUCUGAGUUUACCCACGAAGAGCAAAUCGUGGGAUUGUGUGUUCAAAGUCUACUGUUCCAAUGAUGUUUCACCCGUAGAAAUGGUAAAAAUUCAAGGUUGCUUUUGUUUUUAACCAGGUAGAGUGUAUUUUGUAUGUUAUACUGUAUAUUUUUUGGACAGUAGAUCCUAUGGCAAUUCCCUGUCAUAUAGCCUCAAUAAAUAGUUUAUUUUAAAAAACUUUUUUAUUACGCAUAACUGACACUCACUUGCAGUCGUAUCAUAAAACUUAGAAGCAAUUUUUAAAGAAAGAUGCAAAUGUAGUUAAUAUACUGUAAGUCAUCACCAGGGGCGUAGCUACAUGGUGGCCAAGGGUGGCCACGGCUACCCCUGAAUGAUGGAUGGCCACCUAUAUGGCCACCUCUGUUGUGCGAAGCAGUUUAAGAUGUGUCGGAGUUUAUACGGAGUGCUGCGCAGAUCAUUUAGCGUAUGCACUGAAAGUAACACGAGAACAUUACUCUCGCGUUAAUAUGAUGUCAUACGCUGAUGCACUGACACAAACAGUCUGAGCGCUAUAGCUGAACAGCUGCUAACCUCUUCGCUUCGUGACAGUGUACUGUCUGUGUACCAUGGAAGUUCAUCGCGAGCAGAAGGAUCAGGUCAGUAAAAUCAGUCUUGUUUAACUGGAUUUCAUUCAUUACAUUUUCGUGAAAGUUUAAGUUGGGGUACUGCAAUGUUUAUUUUCUAUAAAAAAUGCUAACUUACUGCAAAUGAUAGCUAGCAAAUUAUUUUAAAAUAAUGUUAGCACAUGAAAGCAUUGCAAAUAAAUUGUUUACUUUACAUUCGUUGUGUAUGUUUGUGACCAGCAAACUAUGUGAAAUGAAGAAUUGGUGUAAAUUACAGUAGAAGUUAAAGAAUUUCUGUCUGUAAGGAUGUUUUGGUCACCCUAAUAAAAUCACUGGGUCUUACCUGGCCACCUCUAAAAAAAAGUUCUGGCUACGCCCCUGGUCAUCACAUAAUGCUUUUUAAAUGUCUGUGAAAUGCGUUCCUCACAUCACUUCACGAUAUAUUGGAUGUUAAUAUAUACAACUUAUGAGCAGUGACCAAUAUUUUCUAAAAUACUUUUAUGAACAAUUUUCUCAUUUUGUGGAUUUUAAACAUAUGAGCCAAAACUUUUAUCUUCAUUUGAUCCUACAGCACAUUAUCUUCUUGAACUUGUUCAUAUGAAAUGCAUUCACUUACAUAAAAUCAGUUGUUUUAUUUUUGGAAAAUGAUUAGUAUCAAGCUUUAUCUCAUUUUUGCUAAAUUCUGUGUAGCAUUUAAUCCAUGCAAAUAAUGGUGAACAUAUAUUUUGUCAAAAUGCUGCAAAUAAUAAACCAUGGCGGGGAGUGAUAGAACUGUAUAGUGCUGUUUCACAAUGUCUCUGGGUGACGGGGAAUCCUUUCUUAGACUCAUUUUCACUCUAAGAGACCUUAUCACUCAGAUUAUAUACUGCCAAUAAAACAAGUCAUACAAGAAAUGCAAUAAUUUUCCUUUUCAUAAGAGGGGCAUUACAACCAUGUACUAACCAGAGACAAAUCUGACAUACAUUAUUAACACAUGUAUAUGUAUUUUGUCUGUGUAUAAUGUUCAAUAAAUUAUUCAACGUGGGUUUAGGUUUGAAUACUGUAUGUAUAGAGUGGGGGGAACGAAUGUUAUUUUUUGUUUACCAUUUUCAAUGUUUGUUGACCAAAUGACACUCACAUUCAGUGACACUCAAGACAUAUACAUGUUGUGUUCAUGUACACAUUUGUUGUUACUGUAUCACUGUAAAAUAAACCUUACUGAAAACAGUUUCUCUUAUGAAAUUAGUCAUUAAAAUUGUAUCAUUACAACUGUCAUUAAAUGUGAGAUUAAAUGUGA